UCUCCUUUCCACUGUGUUGGGUCUUCUUUGCUGCACGCAGGCUUUCUCUAGUUGCAGUGAGCGGGGGCUACCCUUCAUUGCGGUGCAUGGGCUUCUCAUUGCAGUGGCUUCUCUUGUUGCAGAGCAUGGGUUCUAGGUAUGUGGGCUUCAGUAGUUGUGGCUUGUGGGCUCAGUAGUUGUGGCUCACAGGCUCUAGAGCACUGCCUCAGUAGUUGUGGUGCACAGGCUUAGCUGCUCCGUGGCAUGUAGGGUCUUCCUGGACCAGGGAUCGAACCCAUGUCCCCUGCAUUGGCAGGCGUAACCACUGAGCCACCAGGGAAGUCCUGGUGCUGGAUGUUGAUAGUGGGAGAGGUUGUGUGUGUGUGUGGAGGGGUGUUGGGGGGUCAGAUGGCAUAUGGAAGCUCUGUGUUUUCUGCUCAGUUUUGCUGUGAACCUUAAACUGCUCUAAAAAUUAAAGUCUAAAGAAAGAAGCAAAGGAGGAUGAGGAGGAAGGGGGUGAGGAACACGAAGAGGGCCAGGGCAAGGAUGGAGAGGAGGAGGGGUGACCUCACAAGGCCCAUCUCAGUGGGCACCACGUCUGAAAGUUGCCCUGCGUCUCUCUCGUCUCCCUCCUGGCGGAAGAAUUAAUUGCUCCUUUAUCUGUAUUUUCAUUGUGUUCUUAUUCCUACUUCUUUUAUAGUUCGUAUCACUUUAUUAUAGUUGUUUGCAGGCCUUACUUACUGAACUAUGACCUGCCUGAGGGCAGAGGCAAUGCCUUAUUUUCUUGAUAUUUCUACUAGAAAUACUACAUGGUAGAGUUCAGUUGAAAGUGUGGUGUGUGUAUGAAUGAAGAACAUCUUAAAGCGGCAGUGUUAAGUGCAGUUUUAAAGGAUUCUGCUCUAGAAUCUGUUGUUCUUCAGGCUUUUUGGUAACCUAAAAAAAGCUCCCUCUACGUGGCUCAUCCUUGGGACCGUGUCCAGGAUGUGAGCGAGAGCACUGAGGACAUGUGACAGUCCUAGACAAACGACUUAUCCCUACUGAGUCUCCUCCAAUAGGCAGCGUACUAUUCUAGUAGAGCUGUUGGAAAAUACUCUUCCUUGGGGAUAAUCUAACCAUGUGCACACUGAAAUCUGGGACCAGACUUCUGUGUGGUGACGAAGGUCAACUGGGAAGAUGUCAUUGGGGGGAGAGGAGAAGAUCUCAUUCUACUGAAAGCCACCACUGCCACCUCAGGAUGGCUGCCUGACAUGCUCAGGGUUGCUGGGAGAAGACAGCUGUUUACGAACCAGGAAGUAGGUCUCACCAGACACAGAAUCUGCUGUUGCCUUCAUUUCGGACUUCCCAGCCUCCAGAACUAUGAGAAAUAAGUGUUUGUUGUUUAAGCACCCAGUCUAUGGUGUCUUGUUAUGGCAGCCCAAACUGACGAGGUCAGGGAUUUGUGCACAUGUUAGAAAAUUGAUGUAGAGUGCAGGGCCUGUCUGUAUUUAGGUAGCGUAAGAAGAAGUAGGGUCAAAACGAAAGAUGGAAGAUUGGAAUAAAAUGAGAAAACACUUUAUUCGUAGAUUUGAAAAUACCAGAUUGGUUUGUCAAAGGGUGUGUGUGUGUGUGUGUGUGUGUGUGUCUGUGUCGCAUGUCCUAAAAGUCUUUAUGCAGUUUAAGUUUCACUGACUUCAGAAAAAUAAGUGCUAUGGACUUAUCCUCAAGAUCUCGUUUAAUUAUUUACAUUUAUUUUAUAGUAACUUUAGUUUUGUGAAUGUUGAAUAAUGAAUUUCAUUUUAAUUAUUUGAGUCAGCCCCUCUGACUGAAGAUGGUAAUGGCUGACUGCAACACAAAGCAAAAUUCCCUAUUCAACAUUUAGAAAACAGGAUAAAAGAACUUUUAAGUUCUUUAUAACUGGGUUUGUGUAGUGAAAAGAUUCUAUAGGAAAGAUGGAUUUAAGGACGUAUAUGAUCCUGAGUAUAAAUGUGUGGGUACAAGCAAAAAUUCCAGACAGUAUUUCAGACACUUAAGGCAGUGGAGUUGGUGAGACCCAAGUCAAGUUUCUAUCAAACAGUAAAGGGGACCCAGGUAGUAUCUGGGUUACAGAUGGGACAAGCAGAAAAUUUCAUUACUGUAAAUAUAUGAAACCAUGAAAGGAUGGAGUUGGAAAAUAGGAUGGCAGGGUAGGGCAGAGGGACCUGGAAGGCCCAGCAGGGGCGGAAGGGUCUGCUGGACUGGUGGGUGGGGGAGGGGCUGUGGACACACCCUCUCCAUGUUGUCCCCUCCCCCACACUCAGAAACCCUUUGUGACUCUUCAGUGCUCUGUGAUGCAGGCCUGGGACUGCACUCGCACUCUCAGUGCUCAGUGUGUUCAGGCAGUCUUGCGGUUCAGAAAUGGGAUUCAGAGAAUGGAAUGUUCUCUCAUUUUUGAACAGCGUUAUCGACCCAUGUCUGAGCUGUGACUCAACAUCCUCGGAUAUUUACCGAAACCUCAUCGUCCUGUGCGAGUUGGUGUUGCUUCUUCUGUUGCUGUGGUACCUGGUGAGCUUGCCAUUUUCACCUACCUUCAGUAAAACCAAAGACAUCCGAAAGCGUCAGGGCAGAGCCAAGAGGAGAAGGAAAGGUGGAACACCGAAAGGUUGGAGAUGUCACCAGACAGAAAUAGAGGAGAAAACGAAGCUGAUUUCUAUUCUGAAAAGCCUCCUGGGCCAGCACGAUGACAACACCCGCAUUCGUCGGCUCUUAUGUCCAGACCCCUUCUGUGAGGCGUGUAAUAAUGCAACUGCUGAGAUCAAUCGGCUGCUACUCCCAGGGGCCCUGGAAGAUUCUGCUUCCUCUGUGUCCCCCUUGGCUUCCACAGCUCCUGUGACUGAGUCGUCAUUUACUCUGUCCCCUGCCUUCUCAACAGUCCCUCCAAGAGACCUAACACCAGCCUCUCUUCUUGAGCCUUCCCCACUGCCCCCCUCCGUUCUCUCCCCUAGCCCAAUGACCCCCUUAGUUGACUCUUUUUCACCCUCCCCAUUGGGUCAUUCUCUGGCACCAGAGCCUUUUCCUUCCUUGGAUUCCGAAUUCCCAGUGGACUAUUCCCCACCCCAACCCCUUGCCUUUCCCCCUCUCCUACCACAUGACACUCAGACAGCAGAUCCUGUUCUCCCACGAGAGGCCACUUUGUCUCCGGAUACCGUUUUCUCUCUUGACCCCACCCUUUCCCAAGAUAUCAAUCCCCUAUCAGAUUUGUCCCAGGCAAUGAAUCACCCCGAUUCUUUUGCUUGUCAUCAUGCACCACCAACUCUGAUGUCUCUUUCACCACAGCCAGAGUGCACUUUAUCUGUGACUCAAUCUGUGACUCCAGAACAGGAGAACUUAUCUCCAGAUAGCUCUGGUGGGUUAUCCACUUGUGUGUCAACAAUCAGAGGCACUGAGCAUUCAAGCCUGUCAAUUGCAGACUUCUCCUGGUGGCAAGCUCAUGCCAAAGACUCGUUCCCUUCCACGUUGGCACAAUGUGAUUUGAAUCAGGAGUUUCUUGACCUCCAUUCUUCAGAGGCCUCUUUUGGGGGAGACCCUGCAGCCAACCUUGUAGAGCCUGGUAACCUCUCAUUUCUCAGCCCUGAUGUCCUGGCACUCCUGGAGAGACAAGUCCAAAAGAGGAGCGAUUUCCUGAUGUGGAAGGAAAAGGAAAAUGAAAAAGAUUCUCUUCCAGAACAACUUAGGCCAGACUACCAACGAAAUUCUUCGUGGAAAAUGUUAGAGUCAACUGCUGAUAAGCAUGACUCGGCAGUCUGCCUUCCCUUUUGGAGCAGCAGAGACAAAUCACAGGAGCUGCAUGUGCGUCAGCAGCCCCCAUAUCCUAAGACCCUGGAGGACCAUUUACAGCAAAAACCUAUCCAGUUCUUCUGGGGUCUCCCGUCUCUGCACAGCGAGUCCUUGCCCUCUGCUGUUCAUGUCUUGGCUGACAGUUCCUCAAUCUUUAUUUUCAAUAGAAACUCGAAUGCCUCCACAGGCCAAGAAUCACCAGUGCUUCCUGAUCCCCUGCCUCUGUCCUUGCCUGAGAUUCAGCCUGAGCCCUUGCCUCAAACCCUGCCUCAAUCUCAGCCCCUACCUCUCACUCAGGUCCAGUCCCAGGCCGACCCUCAGUCUCCACUCCCAGUCAUACCAUCUGAUCCUCUACCCCAGAUCAGGACCUGUGGAGUAAGUUUCCACAGACCUCAGGAUGAGUCCGAGUCUCUCUCCUCAUCUGAAAUUCAACAGCUGGAAUGGAACAUUUUGCAGAAACAACAGGAAAAUUUGUGGGGUUUACCCUCUGUGGUCCAAAGAUCUUGGGAAGACUUUUGUCCAUCAGCUCCUAACACUCCUCGCCACCGGGCCCCCCAGGCCCAUGUUUCAAUCUCCAUCCUUCCUGGGGAGUUUCCUCUCAGUGAUGAAGUUCGGAAGAAACUAGAGCAUCACCUUCGAAAGAGGCUCAUCCAACACCGGUGGGGCCUGCCCCGCAGAAUCUACGAGUCUGUGUCACUGAUAUUGCCUCCAAAUGGUUUUUCAGAGGCAUCUGAGUCGGUGAGCAAUAAUGGAGUCUCACUGAUCUCUGUGUUUAAGGGUCAGAGUAGCAAAAAUGGAAAUGUUGGAUUGAGCCAAACUGGAGGCUUCCAUGAGAGGAGCUCAGAAAUGUUCCAGCUAGAGGAAGGUGUGGGGAAGGAUCUGGGACACAGCCUAGAGAAUGGCCCAAAAGAUCACCUGUUGAAUGACCCAAAGAGCUCUUCAGGUAAGGAUCUGGGGUAUGACUCUGAGAAAGACCUAAAGAGUCAGAUGGUGAGUCUCUCAGAGAAAAAUCCAAGGAUGUCAGCAGAGAGUCUAGGUCAGAGACAACUUCAAAAUGUCCUAAAAGUACAUUUGAGCAAGAAGUUUGGAGAAAUAAAUGAGGGUCGGCUCCCUGGGACUGUGCAUAAUUCAUGGCAUGCUAUCAAGCAAACAUUGCUUCUUUCUGUGAAAUCCCACACCCAAACAAAACAGAGAAGUGUGCCAUCAUCAGUGGGUGCGGCCUACUCCCUGAAUACCUUCCAGGACCUGACUUUUGUUGAUUCCAAUACACAACAGAUGCUGGAAGCCCAUAUUAAAAGGUUUCAUAUGAGGAUGUUGUGGGCCCUUCCCCGCAAGGUCCUUGAAUCCAUACAGAUCUUUAAAUUGAAAGAUGCCUCAUCCCAGUCCUUGUCUCAUGCCAACUUGCCCUCCUCAACCAAUGUGAUUUCUGAGGCAGACUCCAAAUCUGGGAGCUUCAAGUCCUUUAGAGGAAGCUCUGAAUCUCUCCAUGGAGACAAAGCGGGAACAACAAAUUCAGCCCCUGUCCUGGAUCGUUCUCUCCCUGCCACCUCACCUGUGGGCAAAGGAGGACAGAGGGUCCUGAGACAAUCACGCUCUGAUGUCAACCGUAGGCUGGCAGAGGAUGUUCAGAGAAUUAAGGCUGCCAGACAGACUCCUCUGUCUGUUUCACUCUCCAUCACAGGGAAAGCAGGUCCUAGACAGACUCAACUAGCCAACAGAUAUCCCCAAAAGCUGCUUGCAAAGCAAGCUGGGGCCAGAUAUGAGCCGAAGCAUAAGAGUGUGAGUUUCAGUGAUAAAGGAGAAAUGCAACGGGGCAAAAAGGUGGAGAAGUCAGAACCUGUUUCCAUGCCCAGAUUGUCUAGGGAGGUAUUCGCGGCUGAGGAGCCUGAUCCUCUUCAAAUAAAAACUAGUGACAUGGUGACAACUAGCAAGGUGACAACGAGCUCCCAAAUGAUAAAUGUGAAUGAGAAUAAAGCAGAAACUACCGUGACCACUGGAAGCCCCCCACCCAAAUUACCAGUUCGCCACGAUCCUAAAUCAUUAGACCUUAAAGAACAACUGUUCCGUGAGUUAAACUUUAAACUGGAGAACAGGGAGCAUAGCCAGGCUCAAGGCCAACCCACUGACACAUCCCUUGCUUCAGAUAACUUGACUUACGAGGCCUCACUGACUCAUGCCCAAGGUGUCUCAGGUGGGGACAUGGGAGCUUCCCAGGUGCUGCAUGUCCAUUUGGAGGACAGAGGAAUCAGGAUGGAGCAGCAGCAGAAACCUUGGGCCCCUAAGCAGGAUAAGAACUUCCCACCAACUGCAAAGAGAGUGAGCCCUCUGGAGCCCAAGGCAAAAGAGCUUGAUGGAGGGGAUAAAGGCUUGGGGACAUCCCAACUUAGGAGGAAGAGUUUCCCUACUCAGGAGAAGGUACUAGGGCAGACACGUGCGAGCAAGUCUUCCCAGACCCUAUCACAGAAAGGACAGCCUCUUCCUGAAGGCCAUAACGGAAAAAGAAUGAUGCACUUCUUGCAAUGGCUUUAUUCUGGGAUAAAAUACGAACGUCAAGAAGAUGCCCAGGAAAAGGGCAGCCCCAUAUCAACUGUGCAGAACAGAGGCCUAGUUAAAAGUAAAGCUGCCUUUACUGGGACAACUGAAGCUCAGAAAAUCGUGACAGACAACGGGAAGUUCCUAGAGGAGCAACUGGGGUGUCAGCAUGCAAUUGAUGUCACCUGCUCUCAAGGGCCCCGUCCUCCCCCAGUGCAGGUGAGGAAAACUCAGCAAAAGGCGGAAGUGCAGGUCCGGACAGAGCCUGUCCAGGGAUAUCCUGUCAACUACAGGGCUCCCUCCUGUAAAGUGACAAAUAUCAAGUCCUGCCAUCAAAUAUCAAGUCCUACCUUUGCUGGCCAGAGUUAUCCUCCAAGUACAAGACAGAUCAGAGAUAAGAAGAGACACCCCCAGAAAGUUGUGGCAUUCAAGGACCAGCAACUAUGUCACAGACAUCUCCCACCAGUGUCCCACGGGGAGCCUGUGCCCCAUCCAAGCCCCACCCACAGGCGUCAAGCUGGCCAGGCACCCACGGCUGCUCUCAGCACUGCUGAAGGCACUGUGUCUGGACAUCGGUCUCUACUCUUUAGACAGAAAACAAUUCUCCAGAAUUCCCAGGGAGGAAGACUUCCCAUCCAGAAAUAACUCCUUCCUUGUGGAGAUUAUUGAUUCUCCCAAAUAAAUAGUUAUCUAAUAA